AGCUGAUUGGCUCCACGCGCCUGGGGCCAACUUUAAAUUUCAGCAAAGUGGGCACAGCCUCCACGGUCUGCUGCUGGGACCUGCUUCCGACAGCGACAGGGACUGUUAGGGACCGCAAGUCCCAGGAAGACGAACUCCAGUGGCACUUCACUUUCUGCUAGCAGGAACUGUCCAAGAUGCAAACAGCCCUCAUGUGCCUGUGUCUGCUCAGCUUGGCCUUCUCGACACCUGUGCCGCCGCCACUGCCUGGAAGAACUGCUGGGAACUGUGUGGGACAGCACCGGAUACUGCUGAAAGGCUGCAAUGCCAAGCAUGGCUUCUAUGUUUUCAAAUAUGUCUACUCAUUUUCCACACGGAGGAACCAGACGCAGAUAAAGAAGGAAGAGGCUGACGGCCAGGGCACCAUCCCCAGCCACCAGCUGGGUGAGGACGAUGCCAGGCAGGGGCCGACAGAACACAGGGUGACCCUGGAGCAAGGUGAUGGCGGCAGCACUGACGCAAUGGAGAACAGGACCAGCCUCAAGCCUGAAAACCGCAGUGCCCCAGGCACCGGCAGGGAUGUUCCCAGUCCUCGCCCGGGCACCAGCACGCGAGCACGCAGUGGUGUCGGCAUCGCAGGGGCCACCCCGGCCAGCUCGGAGGGCAGCGGCGACCUGGAUUUGGUGGUUGAAGUGGACAAUGGUGUUUCCGUUCUCCCCCAGGGCGAACGCCCCAGUGGGGCCGUGGCGGGGAACAGGUCUGGUGUCAGGAGUGAGGACAGGGAUGAUAGUGCCAUUGGGGGGGUUCCAGUGGAGGGGGCCAUGACAGCUGGGAGGGAGAGGGCCCCCACUACCAGAAGGGCUGGGGAUGAGGGCAGUGGUGAGGCCACUAUCCCUGGACAAGGGCAGGAGGGCAUCAUGCAGAGAACAGGGAUGGGAGGUGCUCUCGCCUCCGUCACUGAGAAGAUGGAGGAUGUCCAGGUUGAUGCCGAAGGUGUGGAUGAAUAUGCUUACAUCCCUGACUCGGGCAGUGUCACUGUCACCCGUGGUAAGGUAGGCAGUGCAGUGGGGGCCACCAGCUUCACCCAGAUCUCUCCGGACAAGGAUGAUGAGGUCAAUAUCUUCAUUGGGAGGGCCAACAUCCACGUGGGCGAGCAAGAAACCACCCAGGCCGGUGCCACUGUUGGCAGUGACGAUGACGGCAUUCCCACUGCGGGAACCAGCAGCCCCCUGCCCAGGCUGGGCGUCACUGUGGCACACACUGGUGAUGAUGAUGGCACCCCUGCUCGCAGGCAGCCUGAAGGACCAGCCACCACAGCCACCUCAGGCCAUGGGGGCAGUGUCACCAGCAGCCCCAGGGGUGGCCGUCCCAUGGGAGAUGAUGAGGAUGGUGCCACUACCAUUGCUGAUGGAGAAGAACCGGUGGCUCCUGGCCCCUGGAGGGUCACUGGUAGUGUCAUUACCAUCCCCACGGGGGCUGGCAUCCAUAGGAAUGGCGAUGAUGAGGUGAGAGGUGAGGGGCAGAGGUUUGAGGGGAGGCCAGGGCGCCUGUCUGUCACCACCCCCCGCCAGGGGGGUGAGGAGAUGGCUGCCACUGUCUCAGCCAAGGGGGCCAGCAUCCGCCUGGGCACCACCAUUGCCUCCCCUGGGGUGAGUGAGGGGGACUGCACCACUGCCCUGGGGACAGCUGGUGGCCGCAAAGCAGGCAAGAGCACUGUGGCCGGGAGAGGGGGGAGUGGGGAAGCAGGGCCAGCCACCCUCCAGCCCCACAGGGAAGCACGGCCCAGGGUGGGGGUGAGGGUCCAGCCAGGGGGAGCAGGGCUGGACAAGAUGCCCAGGACAGAUGAAGUGUCAUCCCCACAUGGGAAAGCUGGCGGCCGGACACCAAGCAGGGCCCAGACAAGGGCUGGCACCCACGGCGGCAACGCGGGGGGCAGGCUGCAGGGCACCAAGGCAGGGAGCAGCCCCCCUCUGCAGGCAGGGCAAGCCAGGGGCAGCGUGGCAGUGGGUGAAGGCCGGCAGCGGGGGCAAGGCGGCGAGGCGGGGGUGGCGGUGUCCAAGGGUGGCCACCAUGGCAGGAGGCUGGGAGCUGGGGGGCCGGGUGCAUUCGCGGCGCUGAGCCACAGCAGGCAGGUGGACCAGGUGAAGCGUGCAGACGUGCUCCACGUCCGCGAGCGGGCCUUCUACGCCCUCGACGGGGCGGGGGCCGGCCCCUACACCGGCCUCAGGAGCGCCGACAGCAGCCAGUCCUCCGAGGGGGAGCAGGGCAGCCACAGCGACAGCCGACAGACAGGACUGCAGCCCUCGGGGUGGGGAGCCCCGGGGCACCCCCACAGUCGGUGGAGCCGGGGGGGCCCUCUGAGGGCCUGCCAGUAUCCAACCCGGCGGGCUCCAGCGGUGAAGCUGGGGGUGCCCACAUGUCAUUGUCCCCCCCCCAGCAUCCCCGCUGCGGGCGCUGCUCUUGCCUGGGCGAGGGGCACGCCACACGUUGCUGAGGGUCGCGCGGUGCUUUGCAGCCCAGGAGCCAAAAGCCACUGGUUCAUGCAAUCCUGCUGUUAAUUUGAGGGGGACUGCGUCCAGGGCUGCACCAGCGAUGCAGGGGUUUGCUGUGCUAGGCAGCCGCGUAACAGCAAUCGUACUACAUGGCAUAGGGUAGUGUUGUUCAUGCACUGAUGUGAAGCGAGUAAAUAAACAGUGAGGAAAAGCCUCUGUCCUCACAGUUUCGCUUCCAGCCUAAUGGAGAAAUAAAGGCAUUUCUGUA